AUGGACUCAUCAGCCCAGGACCAGGCUCAACAGCAGCGUACCGCUGAAGCUCAGCAGCCUCAAGUUCAGCUCCACGAUGCCACUCCCGCUCCUGCUGCAGCUGUUGGUGCCAGUGUGAUCCCUUUCAUGGAUACCGCCGCCAACGGCAACGGCUUUCCUCAGUUCCCCGAGCACCUCGUCAACCAGGUCAACCCUGAGGCCAUGGCUGGCAUCCUGCCUCUGAUGCAGAAUCAGCCCAUGGCCGUCGCUGCUGGUUUACCUAUAGCUGACCCAACAGCCUUCAUGAUGCAGCAAGGCACGAUGAUGGGCAACGGCCAUGCCGCACCCGUGGCUCAACCAAGCGGAAUCAGUGCGGAUGAAAUUGCACUCUAUGAUCGUCAGAUCCGCCUCUGGGGCAUGGCGGCCCAGGCCAAGAUUCAGAGCGCCAACAUCCUCCUCAUCACCAUCAAGGCCCUUGCAAAUGAGAUCGCAAAGAACCUCGUCCUCGCCGGUGUCGGCUCUCUCACCCUUCUCGACGGCUCUCCCGUCACCGAGGCCGACCUAGGCGCCCAGUUCUUCCUCCCCGAACAGCAGGGCCUUGUCGGUCAGAACCGCGCCCAGGCUGCCAGCGCCUCCAUCCAGAAGCUCAACCCCCGUGUGCGCGUCCACGUCGACGCCGACGGCGUCAAGUCAAAGGGCCCUAGUUACUUUGCCGGCUUUGACAUCGUCAUCGCCACCGACCUCGACCCGGACGCCUUCAACCUCAUCAACACGGCCACCCGCCUCCACGGCAAGGCCUUCUACGCCGCCGGCUCCCACGGCCUCUACGGCUUCAUUUUCAGCGACUUGGUUGAACAUGACUACGUCAUCCAGCGCGAUGUUGGCAACGUGCCCACCGUCCCCGGCCAAGAGACGCGCACACGCUCAAUCGUCGACGUCAAGACGCGCAAGGAGGGCCCCAAGACGGUUGAGUCCGUCACCAAGCGCGAGCUCUAUUCGACUUGGUACCUCGCCAGCGACGUUGCCGUCCUUCCGGAUGACUACACCAAGUCGCGUCGCCGCCUCAAGAGCGUCACCCCGGCGCUCUCGUGCCUGCGUGCCCUCUGGGAGUUUACCCAGCUUCAGGGCGGCCGCGCACCCAGCACCCGCGACGACCUUAAGAUGUUCACGCAGAUGGCCACCCAGAAGCACAAGGCCCUCAACCUCCCCAGCGAGACCCUCAGGCCUGAGUUCCUCCGCAGCUUCCUCCAGAACCUCGGCAGCGAGAUCGCCCCUGUCACCGCCAUCCUCGGCGGCCAGCUCGCCCAGGAUGUCAUCAAUGUCCUCGGCCAGACCCAACAGCCCAUCCAGAACAUGGUUGUGUUCGAUGGCAACUCCAUGGAGGCCCUUAUGUACCCGCUCCACCCAGAGGGCUCUCUCGGCGCCAGCAUGUUCUCCCUCAGCGGCCCUGCCGACCCUGCCAUGUUGCCCAAUGGCGGCGCCCCCAUGAUGAUGCCCCCUUCCAUGGAUGCCCUCCUUGGCAUGGGCGUUGAUCCGACCGCUAUGGGCGCGAUCCCUCACCACCCCAUCAUGAUCCCCGGCGGCCUACCCAUCCCUGACGGCUCCAUUGCCUCCAUUCCCCCCAUCGCCGACCCGUCACAACUGAACCCAGCAGAACCCGUGGCCAGGGCAGCUGAACAGGCCGCACCAGCCGCGGCUGAGAAGCCCGCAGCGGAUGGAGAAGCGUCCACCGGGAACUAG